AUGGCAGCAUUAUCAGCGAAGACCAUACAAAAUGCAUUCUUGGCACAACACCCACGGACUAGGCAUGGUACAAGAUAUCCCAGUGACUUUUGUUCGCUCAAUACCCGCAGCUCGCAUUCCUUCCAGGAAUGUAGAUUGACAGUGGCUGAUUCUUCAGCCAAAUGGUUAAAUACCACAUCGACACUAUGGACUAGCUUCAACAAACAAGCAGGCAUUAGCUGCAAUGCUGCUCAAGGUGGCACCGUUGCCCCUUCCUCUGAGAAAGUUGAGUUUCUGAAGCUUCAAAAUGGCAGUGAUAUUCGGGGUGUUGCUGUUGCUGGGGUUGAAGGUGAGCCUGUCAACCUCACGGAACCUGUCACUGAAGCUAUAGCUGCAGCUUUUGCUGCAUGGCUGUUAAACAAGAAGAAAGCAGAUGGUUUGAGACGUUUAAGAAUCUCUGUUGGACAUGAUUCACGAAUUUCUGCACAUAAAUUGCAGAAUGCAGUUACUCAUGGAAUCACUUCUGCUGGACAUGAUAUCCUACAGUUUGGAUUGGCUUCAACACCUGCAAUGUUCAACAGUACACUUACAGAAGAUGAGAGAAGUCAUUUACCUGUUGAUGGAGCCAUAAUGAUAACAGCAAGCCAUCUUCCCUACAAUCGGAAUGGUCUCAAGUUUUUUACAAGUGAUGGUGGGCUAAAUAAAACUGAUAUCAAAGAUAUCCUGGAGCGUGCUUCCAAAAUAUAUGAGGAAUCUGCACAUGGUAACCUGAAAGAACAGGGGGAAGCUUCAAGGGGAGUUGUGGCUAAUGUUGACUACAUGUCAAUUUAUGCUUCUGAUCUUGUACAAGCAGUUCGUAAAUCUGCUGGAGACAAAGUCGAGAAUUUCAAUCUGCUCUAUAUAAAGCAAGUCGGUAUCUAUCCAUUUCUAAAACUCCAUCCUAGAGAUAAGGUACUCAAACCAUUAGGAGCUGUUACUACUGGAAGUCAAUUCCUUGAGCCUGAUGGUUUGUUUCCCAAUCACAUUCCCAACCCUGAGGACAAAACUGCAAUGAUGUCUAUUACACAAGCAGUUCUUGAUAACAAGGCAGACUUAGGCAUUAUAUUUGAUACUGAUGUCGACAGGUCUGCUGCUGUUGAUUCGAGUGGUCGUGAAUUGAAUCGUAACCGAUUGAUUGCUUUGAUGGCUGCCAUAGUUCUUGAGGAACAUCCAGGAACUACAGUUGUGACAGAUAGUGUGACUUCAGAUGGAUUGACUGUAUUCAUUGAAAAUAAACUUGGAGGGAAGCAUCACCGUUUCAAACGAGGUUACAAGAAUGUAAUAGAUGAGGCUAUUCGUCUGAAUUCUAUUGGUGAGGAGUCACAUUUGGCCAUGGAAACAAGUGGUCAUGGAGCACUGAAAGAGAACCACUGGCUUGAUGAUGGAGCAUACCUUAUGGUCAAACUUCUGAAUAAACUUGCUGCUGCUAGAACACUGGGUUCAAGUAUUGGUAGUAAAGUUUUGACUGAUUUGGUCGAGGGUCUUGAGGAAGCUGCUGUGACAGCUGAGAUAAGAUUGAAGAUUGAUCAGAAUCAUGCAGAUUUGAAAGGAGGGUCCUUCCGUGACUAUGGAGAAUCAGUCUUGAAACAUUUAGAGAAUGCAAUCAGCAGAGAUCCAAAUCUCCAUAAAGCCCCUAAGAACUAUGAGGGCGUAAGGGUUUCAGGAUAUGGUGGGUGGUUCCUGCUGAGGCUCUCUCUCCAUGACCCUGUUCUUCCCCUAAACAUUGAGGCACCAAGUAACGAUGAUGCGAUUAAACUGGGGCUUGCGGUUCUUGCUGCUGUGAAUGAUUUUUCAGCACUGGAUGUGACGGCACUGAACAAAUUCGUGCAGCAGUGA